AUGACUGGCGAAAAUGGCGAUGAAGCUAACAAACAAAAGGGCACUAGGCCACCAAAUUCUUUAAUUGUUUCACUUUCGAAGAAUUCUUCCUUCUACGCAAACAUCGGCAAUAAACUUCUCAACGGGGCGAAUGAUCACCUUUCCUACGAUGAAAUUUUCGUAACAGGUUUGGGAACUGCAAUUAAGGUCGCCAUUGAGACCGCAAUGCUUCUCUCAAACCGCAAAGUUGGUAUGUUAUCCUCUUUCAUAUACCUUAUAUAUUUUUUUGUAGGUGUUAUUAAGAAGAUUGAGACUUCUUACUACAAUUCAGACACAGUCAAAAAACACAUUCCAAAAAUUAACAUCAUCGUUGCUAAAUCAUAG